UCUCUCUCUCUCUCUCCUUCUUUCGCCAUACCAAUAAAUGAGAAUCAUGUCUUUCCCUCUCAUUCCCAGUGCCUUUUCUCCUUCUUACUAAUCCCCCAUUUACAACCCAAACCCACUAUCUUCUUCCCACCAUCAAUACAGUCCCCAAGAACAAAGUUUGGGGUUUCACAUCUUCUUGUUCCUUUUUGGGCAAAUUUCGAGUUCUGGGUUCAUCUGAUUCUUCUUAUUUUAGCGUUUUCUGAACUAAAGUUUCAUCCUUUUUGAAAAUUGGAUUCUGGGUUUCGUGUAGUUGUGGGGUUUUUGCUUGUGUGUAUGUGCAGUGUGACGCCGCUCUUGUCCUUUUGAGCAAAUUGUGGAACUUGAGUAUAAGUUUGUUUUUUGAGUUUUGUCUGUUCUUUUAAUAAAAAGCUUUCGAAUUUUUUUUUUCUAAUAUGGAGAGGUUUUGUUUCCUUUUUCUCCUGUCGGUGGUUUGUUAGCUGUAAUAACCCAAAACAUCUCUUCUUCCUCUUUCUUUGCUGCUUUUGUGAAGAAGUUUUGAAUUUGGGGAUAUUAAGUUUAUCUGAAUUCUGUAUUUUGACGGCGUGAAGUGAUGAGUAAUGAGGAGAAUCCUCUUAAUGUUGGUUCAAGCCAUGGCGAUACCUCCCCUGCUUCAAAUCAGGCUGAGGAGCCUAUAACAGAAGAAGGGUCCACAGAAUUUCAACGAUGGAGGCGAAAGAAUCUAUCUUUGCAAAUACCCACAAGAGCAGUUGCACUUUCAUCCGAGGAUUCGGUCGUAAUCAAGAUGCCUCCAACUCCUAGUCCAACUCCAAGAAGGGUGAAUUUUGCUUUGGCAGCGAGUUCUCCAGGUCCGGGUCCAUCUUCUGGUUCUGCUUCUUCCCGGGGCAAGUCUUCCUUGAGGAAUCUCCUGCCUAAAGUCGGGUUCAAACCAAGAAUCAUUUGUUCCGAUAUCGAGAAGGGAUCGGAAGGGGUUUCUUCGCCUUCUGGGAUGCAGGAGAAGGCCUCGAUAUCGAGAUCUUUAUCUCUUUCGAAGAUCUUUACGCCUCGGAUCAAGAGAACAUCAUCUCUACCUGUCACACCCAUUGCUCAUUCAAACCCGGAGUCAGCUCAUGGAGGAAGUACCAUUGUUUCCCAAAACUCUUGCAGCAAAGGGAGUUUACAGAUAGCUCGCUCGCUUUCUGUUCCUGUUAAUGGAAAGGACAUAGGUUUAAAGAGAAUGGAUUCAUUCUUCAGAGUUAUUCCCACGACUCCUCGUGUAAAGGAAGGAAAUGUGUUGCCAGAUACACCUCAAGCUUGCGAUGCCGAAACAAGCGAUGCUGAUGGAGAGGAUAUACCCGAGGAAGAGGCUGUUUGUAGGAUUUGUUUGGUUGAGCUAUGCGAAGGGGGAGAAACCCUAAAAAUGGAGUGUAGUUGCAAAGGGGAACUUGCUCUUGCCCACAAAGAAUGUGCUCUGAAAUGGUUCACCAUCAAAGGAAACAAGACUUGUGAUGUGUGCAAGCAAGAGGUGAAGAAUUUGCCUGUGACAUUGUUACGGAUUCAAAGCACUCUUGGACGGAAUUCCGGAGGAAACACAGCUCAGCUUCACGAUGUAUCGGGAUACAGGGUAUGGCAAGAGGUGCCGGUUCUGGUAAUUAUCAGCAUGCUUGCAUACUUCUGUUUCCUUGAGCAGCUCCUGGUCGAGAAAAUGGGCACGGGUGCGAUUGCCAUAUCUCUGCCGUUUUCCUGCAUUCUCGGUCUUCUUGCAUCGAUGACUGCAUCAACCAUGGUCGUGAGAAGAUUCGUAUGGGUUUACGCUUCUGUCCAGUUCGCUCUCGUGGUUCUCUUCGCCCACGUGUUUUACUCCAUGGUGGAACUGCAAGCCGUUCUGUCGGUUCUUCUGGCGACGUUUGCAGGGUUUGGAGUUUCGAUAUGUGGAAGUUCGGUUCUUGUGGAGUUCGUGAGGUGGAGAAGGAGGUGGCGAGAGAGGAGGCUGCAGCAGCAACCGGCCGAGAGCCAGCAAGUGGGCGGCCAUGGAAGCUGAUGACUCUCGGAGCUGGUCUCUUCUCUUGUACGGUUUGCGUAAAGAAGAAUUUUAUAAAGUUUGUGUUUUUUCUGUUGCCAUAGCUCUUCUAUACUUUGCCUGUGCAGUGUGAUAUGCGCAGCCUUUUGCUUUCUGCUAAUGAAUGAAUGUUCACAAAGAAGUAAAUACCCAAAAUACCCUUUUGCCGAAA